AUGGAAAAGCAAGCGGAAGCGGACAAGUUCCAGCGAUGGAGAGCAUUCCGGCAAGCCGACAUGUUAGAUGCGUUUAAGAGAAUGAUGGGCCUAGAUGCCGAGUUUAGGGGUGUACAAUUCGCCAUUUUACGGGCGUUGCAGGAAGGGCAUAAGAAUGUUUUAGGCAUCAUGCCCACCGGCGGCGGUAAGAGUUUGACAUUCAUGUUGCUAGCCCGUUGUUCGCCUAGCGGAGUUACCAUCGUCGUGGUGCCGUUAACGGCGUUAGAGGGCGACAUGGCAAGCAUCGUAUUCGUCACACCAGAGGCAGCGGUCGGACAAGCGUUCAAGCGGUUCAUGCAACAGAAGAAGUUAACAGGCCAGUUAGACCGAUUGGUGAUCGACGAGUGCCACGUCGUGUUAGAUUCUAGGCGGAAGACAGCCGACAAAGACGCAUGGCGACCGGAGAUUUUAGAGUUAUAUAAGACAAUCGAGCAGUUAGUGCAGACGUUGUUUUUAACAGCAACAUUGCCGCCACGGAACGAGUUGGAGUUUUACGACAAGAUGAACAUCAACAAGCACGAAAUCGUUAAGAUCCGGGACAGCACGACACGUAAGGAGAUUAAGUACCAGGUUGUCGAUUACGAGGAAGAGGAGGAAGAAGAGGCAUUACAACGCAUGGUUGACGACAAGAAGAGAUAA